AUGACGACGUGCCGUCUGCUGUGCGCCCUGCUGGUGCUUGCCCUGUGCUGCUGCCCGUCCGUUUGCGCGGCAGAGGCUGUUGGAGUCAAACCCGCUGACUCGGGUUUGUUGCCUUUAGAGUCGCAAGAGGCAGGUCUGAGGACCGAUACUUCAAAUCCAAAUACACAUAAGGAAUCGGAUCUGGAUACUCCCCGUGCGCCAAAUACACCAGUUAAUGCCGUUGCGGGAGUGAAAUCAGACGUGUUGUCCGCUACGCAAGAUGAGGAGACUGAGCCUGGUGAUCCAGUGCCAGACGGUGGGGAUGCUGAUUCGCCAGUUUCGAGGGAUAAACCCAAUAAUACGGUAGAAAUAGUUACGGAGCAUGAUACAGAAAAGUCCGAAACCAAUAAAGAGGUCAAGAUGCAGACACCAACUACGACAACCACUACCACCACCAAGGCACCGUCCACCACCACUACGACCACGACUACACUGGCGCCAAUUCUUACUGCUACCGAAGCCCCAGCUAACAAGACGAAGCUCAAACAGUCACUUCUUCGCGAAGUCGACGGCAGCCUCAGCAGCUCUGCAUGGGCGUUUGCCCCGCUGGUGCUCGCCGCAUCCGCGCUGGCGUACACCGCUGUGGGCUGA